GCGGCGAAGGACGCGUCCCCGCGGGCGCUCGGACCUGGAGCCGGGCGCCCCUGCGCCCCGGGCCCCGGCGCCAUGGACAAGCUGCCGCCGUCCAUGCGCAAGCGGCUCUACAGCCUCCCGCAGCAGGUGGGGGCCAAGGCGUGGAUCAUGGACGAGGAGGAGGACGCCGAGGACGAGGCGGCGGCGGGCGGCCCCCAGGACCCCCGCCGCAGGAGCAUCCGACUGCGGCCGCUGCCCUCGCCUUCGCCCUCGGCGGCGGCCGCUGAGCCCCGGGGCUCGGCGCUGGCGGACGGCGAGGGUCCGGCCCGGGGCGCGGGCAAGUCCAGCACCAACGGCGACUGCCGGCGCUUCCGCGGGAGCCUGGCCUCGCUGGCCAGCCGGGGCGGCGGCAGCAGCGGGCACCUGCACGACUCGGCGGCGGAGGAGCGGCGGCUCAUCGGCGAGGGCGACGCGUCCCCCGGCGAGGACAGGACGCCCCCGGGAGGCCUGGCCCGGGAGUCCGAGCGCCCCGGCGCCCCGGGGCCGCCCUCCGCCUCGCCUCCACCGCCGCCGCCGGCCUCGGCUUGCAGCGAGCCGCCCUCCGCGGACACGGCGAUCAAAGUGGAGGGAGGCGCGGCCGCCGCCGCCGCCGGCGACCAGAUCCUCCCCGAGGCCGAGGUGCGCCUGGGCCAGGCCGGCUUCAUGCAGCGCCAGUUCGGGGCCAUGCUCCAGCCCGGGGUCAACAAAUUCUCGCUGAGGAUGUUCGGCAGCCAGAAAGCGGUGGAGCGCGAGCAGGAGCGGGUCAAGUCCGCCGGCUUUUGGAUCAUCCACCCCUACAGCGACUUCAGAUUUUACUGGGACCUGACGAUGCUGCUGCUGAUGGUGGGAAACUUGAUCAUCAUUCCCGUGGGCAUCACCUUCUUCAAGGAUGAGAACACCACGCCCUGGAUUGUCUUCAACGUGGUGUCCGACACCUUCUUCCUCAUCGACCUGGUCCUCAACUUCCGCACAGGGAUCGUGGUGGAGGACAACACCGAGAUCAUCCUGGACCCACAACGGAUCAAGAUGAAGUACCUCAAAAGCUGGUUUGUGGUGGAUUUCAUCUCCUCCAUCCCUGUGGAUUACAUCUUCCUCAUCGUGGAGACACGCAUCGACUCGGAGGUCUACAAGACAGCCCGGGCCUUGCGUAUCGUGCGCUUCACCAAGAUCCUCAGCCUCCUGCGUCUCCUGCGUCUCUCCCGCCUCAUUCGCUACAUUCACCAGUGGGAGGAGAUCUUCCACAUGACCUAUGACCUGGCGAGUGCCGUGGUGCGCAUCGUGAAUCUCAUCGGCAUGAUGCUGCUUCUGUGCCACUGGGAUGGCUGCCUGCAGUUCCUGGUGCCCAUGCUGCAGGACUUCCCUGAUGACUGCUGGGUGGCCAUCAAUGGCAUGGUGAACAACUCGUGGGGGAAGCAGUACUCAUACGCGCUCUUCAAGGCCAUGAGCCACAUGCUGUGCAUUGGCUACGGGCGGCAGGCUCCUGUGGGCAUGUCGGACGUGUGGCUCACCAUGCUGAGCAUGAUCGUGGGUGCCACCUGCUAUGCCAUGUUCAUCGGCCACGCCACCGCGCUCAUCCAGUCCUUGGACUCCUCCCGGCGCCAGUACCAAGAGAAGUAUAAGCAGGUGGAGCAGUACAUGUCCUUCCACAAGCUGCCGCCUGAUACUCGGCAGCGCAUUCACGACUACUACGAGCACCGCUAUCAAGGCAAGAUGUUUGAUGAAGAGAGCAUCCUGGGGGAGCUGAGUGAGCCGCUCCGGGAGGAGAUCAUCAACUUUAACUGCCGGAAGCUUGUGGCCUCCAUGCCGCUCUUUGCCAAUGCGGACCCCAACUUCGUGACGUCUAUGCUGACCAAGCUGCGCUUCGAGGUCUUCCAGCCUGGCGACUACAUCAUCCGUGAGGGCACCAUCGGCAAGAAGAUGUACUUUAUCCAGCAUGGCGUGGUCAGCGUGCUCACCAAGGGCAACAAGGAGACCAAACUAGCCGAUGGCUCCUACUUUGGAGAGAUCUGUCUGCUGACGCGCGGCCGGCGCACGGCCAGCGUGAGAGCGGACACCUAUUGCCGCCUGUACUCGCUGAGCGUGGACAACUUCAACGAGGUGCUGGAGGAAUACCCCAUGAUGCGGAGGGCCUUCGAGACCGUGGCGCUGGACCGCCUGGACCGCAUUGGCAAGAAGAACUCCAUCCUCUUGCACAAGGUGCAACACGACCUCAACUCGGGCGUGUUCAACUACCAGGAGAACGAGAUCAUCCAGCAGAUCGUACAGCACGAUCGCGAGAUGGCGCACUGUGCCCACCGCGCCCAGGCCGCCGCUGCGUCCGGCGGGCCCGCACCGGGGCCGGCUCCGGUGAUCUGGACGCCGCUGAUCCAGGCGCCGUUGCAAGCCGCCGCGGCCACCACGUCGGUGGCCAUCGCGCUCACGCACCACCCGCGCCUGCCCGCCGCUGUCUUCCGCCCGCCACCGCCUCCGGGCCAGACCCCGCGGCACCGCGCCUCGCGCCUGCACUCGCUGCUCCCCGCCGGCAGCCCGGCGCAGCUGGACACGCCGUCGUCGUCCUCCUUCCACAUCCAGCAGCUGGCCGGCUUCUCGGCGCCCGCCGGGCUGAGCCCGCUGCUGCCAUCCGCCGGUUCCCCAUCGCCCGCGAUCACGCCCACACCCACGCCCGCCGGCCCCGCGGGCUUCGGCCCGUUCCACCAGGCGCCCGGCGGCUCCGUGUCCUCGUCCGACUCGCCCUUGCUCACGCCCCUGCAGCCCGGCGCGCGCUCCCCGCAGGGUCGCGGGGCGCUGGGACUCUUAGAGCAUUUCGCGCCGCCGCCCCCCGCUGCCAGGUCCCCGGCGGGCAGCCCCGGGCAGCCGGGCCAGCCUCCCGGCGAGCUGUCACUGUCUCCCGGCCUGGGCGCGGGCGCGCCGGGCACCCCCGAGACGCCGCCCAGGCAGCCCGAGCGCCCCGGCUUCCCCGCGGGGGUGUCCGGGGCGGCCUCCCCGGUCGCCUUCUCCUCCCCCCGCACCGGCCUCAGCCCCGCCGGCCACAGCCCCGGCCCGCCCAGGACUUUCCCCGGGCCCCCGCCGCGCGCCUCCGGCUCGCACGGCUCCUUGCUGCUGGCCCCCGCGUCCAGCCCGCCGCCGCCGCUGCCGCAGGUGCCCCAGCGUCGGGGGACCCCGCCCCUGACCCCCGGGGGCCGCCUCACCCAGGACCUCAAGCUCAUCUCGGCCUCCCAGCCGGCCCUGCCCCAGGACGGGGCGCAGACUUUGCGCGCCACGUCCCCGCACUCGUCCCGGGAGUCGGUGGCCGCCUUUGCGCCCUUGCCCAGGGUCGGGGCCGGCGGCAGCAGCAGCAGCAGCAGCAGCGGGGGGCUCGGCGUGCCCGGGAGGCCCUAUGGCGCCCCCGGGCAGCACCAGCAUGUCACCCUGCCUCGGAAGACAUCCUCGGGUUCUCGGCCACCCCCUCUCUCCUUGUUCGGAGCCAAGGCCGCCUCCCCCGGCGGCCCCCCUGUGACUGCAGCCGCCGCGCAGCGGGAACCUGGGGCCGGGGCGGAGCCGGGGCGCUCCAAACUGCCGUCCAACCUCUAG